CGUGUGUGCUAUUUGUGCCAACAACAACUAAUUUCUCCGUGUGCAACAAAUUCGCGAUCUCUAGCUGGAACGUAUUCCCAUUUUUUAAACAGCAUGGCCUAUUCAAAUAAGUUUAUUUAUGCGACAUUGCCCCGAACACAGCGUGGCCAACCGAUCGUGCUGGGAGGAGAUCCGAAGGGCAAGAACUUCCUCUACACCAAUGGACAUUCUGUGAUUAUUCGCAACAUCGAUAAUCCGGAAAUUGCCGACAUCUACACGGAACACUCGUGCGCGGUAAAUGUGGCCAAGUAUUCGCCGAGCGGGUUUUACAUUGCGUCCGGCGAUCAGUCGGGUAAAAUUCGCAUCUGGGAUACGGUGAACAAGGAGCACAUACUGAAGAAUGAGUUCCAACCGAUCGGUGGUCCUAUUAAGGACAUUUCCUGGUCACCGGACAGCCAGCGGAUCGUGAUUGUGGGCGAAGGGCGGGAACGUUUCGGGCACGUGUUUAUGGCGGAAACGGGUACCUCAGUGGGUGAGAUUUCCGGCCAGUCGAAACCGAUUAAUUCGUGCGACUUUCGACCGGCUCGUCCAUUCCGAAUCAUUACCGGGAGCGAAGAUAACACGAUCGGGGUGUUUGAGGGACCACCGUUCAAGUUCAAGAUGACGAAGCAAGAUCACACCCGAUUUGUGCAGGCGGUCAAGUACUCUCCAAGCGGGCAUCUGUUUGCUUCCGCCGGGUUCGAUGGCAAGGUGUUCAUCUACGACGGUACAACCUCGGAACUGGUUGGUGAGGUUGGCUCCCCGGCCCACAGUGGCGGUGUGUAUGGAGUGGCCUGGAAACCGGACGGUACGCAGCUGCUUACCUGUUCCGGUGACAAGUCCUGCAAGCUGUGGGACGUCGAAACGCGCACCCUCGUUAGUGAGUUUCCCAUGGGCAACACGGUAGACGAUCAGCAGGUGUCCUGUUUGUGGCAAGGAAACCACGUCCUGUCGGUGUCACUGUCCGGUUUUAUCAACUACCUCGAUGUGAACAAUCCCACCAAACCGUUGCGUGUCGUUAAAGGUCACAACAAACCGAUCACGGUGCUGACGCUAAGUGACGAUCGUAGCACGAUCUAUACGGGCAGCCAUGACGGUGCGGUCACGAACUGGAAUUCGGGCAGUGGUACGAAUGACCGUGUGGCGGGUGUUGGCCACGGUAAUCAGAUCAACGAUAUAAGGGCGGCCGGUGACUUUGUGUACACCGCCGGAAUUGAUGAUUCGAUCAAGCAGAUCAGCGUCGAGGGUAAUACGUACACGGGUGUGGAUGCUAAGCUCGCCUGUCAACCGCGUGGUAUGGACAUUCUGAAGGAGGGCAAUACGGUUGUGGUUGGGUGCGUGAAGGACAUUACUGUGCUGCAGGACAACCGGAAGGUGUCAUCGUUGCCGAUAAGCUACGAGUCGAGUAGCGUUAGCAUUAACCCGGAGACGAUGGAUGUGGCUGUAGGUGGUGAUGAUAGUAAGGUGCACGUGUACGCACUGAGCGGCGGUCAGUUGACGCAUAAACUGGACUUGGAACAUCUGGGACCGGUGACGGAUGUGCGCUAUUCGCCCGACAACAAGCUGUUGGUGGCCUGCGAUGCUAACAGAAAGGUGAUUCUUUACAGUGUGGCUGAGUAUAAGCCUGCUCACAACAAGGAAUGGGGCUUCCAUAAUGCACGUGUCAACUGUGUAGCAUUCUCGCCAAAUUCGGAACUUGUCGCCAGUGGUUCCCUCGAUACGACCAUCAUCAUUUGGUUCGUAAACAGCCCGGCUAAGCACACGAUCAUCAAGAAUGCCCAUCCACAGUCGCAAAUUACGGGUCUGGUGUGGCUGGAUAACGAAACACUAAUCUCGACCGGUCAGGACUGUAACACAAAGGUUUGGAACAUUGAGAAUGUUGCAUAAGCCAAAAGGGGUCACUGUUUCACUUUCCUAAGGAUGAUCAAAGAUUCAAGAGUAAGGAAGGAGGAAGCGAGAACCUGUCCCCCAUUUUGUCAUAGUGUUGUGCAUACACUUCGUAUUUAUUUUCAUCUUUUUUAUGCGGUUUUCUGCUCUGGAAGCGUGAGUCCACGCAUUGACUAACCUUGCCGUAGUGGUAAACCAAGAACAGUGUUUUUGAGUGUGUGUACUUCUGUUUGUGUUUCUAUUCCUUAUCCGUUGUAGUUGUUGAAUUAUUAAUUGUGUUAGUAACGCAACGUAUUGCUGCCCUAGUUUCGGCUUAGUAUUUUCGAAAAGUUAAUGCAACAUGAUGCAAGUGGGAUGCUAAGUCUGGUCGUUGUUUUUACUGCUACUGUAUUGUUUCAUUUUCCUUCUUUUAAGACCGUUUUGGUCAAUGAUUUUUCACCUUCUCGCAACACAGUUUGUUCCCUUUUUUGCCGCUAAUAGCUACAAAUUCGAGUAAGAAACUAACAAACACCGGAACCAGAGAAAGGAAAAAGUGCAUGCGAAAGGCAGUGGCUAAAAAAAAAAGGAAAAACAGCAGAGAACAAAGGAAUUGCAUUUAAUUUAUUAUCUUUUUAACACAAAACAUCAAACAACGUAAUUGCUUUUCGUGCUGCAUAUAAGGAGAACUUCAUUUGAUAAAGUUAGAAGUGAUUUGCUAUAACCACAAAACCAUGAAAACACAAACCCUUUGUCUACAUAUACACGUAAUUUUUAAGGUUAAUAAAACGGAGUUUUUUUUUGUCA